UAUGGAGUGCAGCGCACUGCCCCUAACGACGCCACCGGUCGCCGGCGCCACCUACUGCCUGCCGGCCAUCGAGUGUCGUCAUAGAGUAAAUUCAACAAUAAAAUCGAAAAAAAAGUGAGGCGAACAAAAGUGAAAUUGACACACGCUGUGCAACCGCGAGUCGACGUUGUUGACGAAUAAGAUACUUUAGUUCUUCAAAGACCGUUAAAAGGCGCAUACGAAUAUUUAGUUCACAAAAAAAAAAAGAUUAUAAGAAUAAAAGAUAUUUAAAAAAUGGGUAGCUGCUGUUCAAAGGAUCCGGAUUCGAAGACCUCAUGGAGUCCUUCGGAGGCAAAAAAUGCGAGCACCACAUCAACAAUUGUCGCACAGCCCAACAACGACUCCACCUCGGCUGGAGUGUUUACGAGCACGAUGGUUGUGCCGGUUGACACAGAUGGCGCGAACUCUGAAGAGAUAACCACCACCAUCAUAAAGACGACAAGAGUCACGGAGACUGUGACGACCUCGAGCGAUUGAAUGGUGAUGAACUGAGUGGCUGAUACGAUACGACGACGCACAUUCACUAGCCAGCCGCUGACUGCAGGAAAUAAGUAAAUCAACAGCAGCCAAAUAAUGAAAUAAAAGCAUUUAGCAUUAAUUUAUACACAAUUAAGUUAUAUGUACUGAGCACACAGAUUGGCUUGAAUGCCAUGCAACGAACUCCCAGUUAGAUGUACACACUUGCAUACACAUAUUUGUAGCAGAUAAGUUCAUGGAAAACGAAAACAUUGUAAAUAGCGAUUUUUUUUUUUGUUGAAAUUUGUGUAAUAAAUAAUAACUUUUAUUAAAAGCGAG